CUUACUCCUCAACUAAGUUUCUUCACUCUCCACUUCAUAAUAUCAACUUCAUUCUAAACAAUUAGAAAGAACAAAUUAUACAUGUCUCCACAAACAUAAAAAAUAUUAAUUAUUUAAGGAAAAUAUAUUAUUUAGAAUAUUAAAUAUACCGGGAAAGUAAUUAUAUGUGUGUGGGCGGGUACCCAUGGGUCGGGUUUACCUAAACCCAAACCCAACCCGACCCGGUGAAUAGUGUAGCGGGUUUAAACCCGAACCCGACCCAAAACCCGUCAACACGGAUUUUACCCGCGUUGACCGGGUUGGAUCGGGUGGGUACCCGUGGGUUUGGGUUUUGUUGCCAUCCCUACUCGGAUCGGCCUUGCGUGGUUCCUUGACUUCCUUCUCUUUCAAAUUCAAACUUCCUCUAUGGUUCAGGAGGCGGCUUCUGCCUCCAAAACAGAGCGCCGUCGCUUCUAUUUCAAACUUUGCCGAUGGACGGAAACCAUGCCUUCCGUUCACCCAUUCACUCCGGCCGACGUUAAACGCCGCUCCUCAAAGCUAUGAAACUUCCAUACUCUCACGAAUAUGAACUGUUCCAACACUGUUGGCGCAGUUGCAAGCCGAUACGCUUUCCUUCUCCAGCAGCUCUGCUCUCCUCGCCAAACCCCGCUCUCUGCCUACCUCGCCCGGACCGUCCAUGCCCACGCAGUCGCUUCCGGAUUUAACCUGCGCGGCCCCAUCUUGAACCGCCUGAUCGAUAUCUACUGCAAGUCCGGCCGGCUACGGCAUGCCCGCCUACUGUUCGACGAAAUUCCUCACCCGGACAUAGUGGCCAGAACGACGAUGGUCACUGCCUACUCUGCCACUGGAAACGUUAACCUCGCGAGGGAGGUGUUCGGUGGGACUCCCAAAGGGAUGCGCGAUACGGUGUUCUACAACGCGAUGAUCACGGCUCAUUCUCAUGACAAUGAUGGCAAUGCUGCCAUCCGGCUGUUCUGUGAGAUGCAGAGGGACGGUUUCCGGCCUGAUAAUUUCACUUUUACGAGUGUUAUCUCUGCGGUGGGGCUUGUUGCAGAGAGCGAGAAGCACUGCCAGCAGUUGCAUUGUGUGGUUGUCAAGUCGGGAACAGGGUUUGUUACUUCGGUGUUGAAUGCGCUUGUGUCUGCUUAUGUGAAGGUUGCAUUGUCUCCUUUGGUGGCGCUACCGAAGUCAGUGAUGGGUUCGGCCAGACUGUUGUUUGAUGAAAUGCCUGUGAAAGAUGAGUUGUCGUGGACGACAAUGAUCACUGGUUAUGUGAAGAAUGAUGACCUUGAUGAAGCGAGAGAGUUGUUUGAUGGGAUGGAGGAGAAAUUGGUAGUUGCCUGGAAUGCGAUGAUUUCUGGUUAUGUUCAUAGAGGGUUGUUGCAGGAAGCUUUCAAGAUGUUUAAGAAGAUGUAUUUAUCUGGAGUUCAAUUUGAUGAGUUUACAUACACCAGCAUCAUAAGUGCAUGCGCCAAUGCUAGUUUCCUUCUUCUCGGCAGGCAGAUACAUGCUUACAUACUCAUCUCAGGGCCUAAACCUAAACCAGGUUUGCAUUUGCCUGUGAAUAAUGCACUGCUCACUUUAUAUUCAAAAUGUGCUAAACUUGAUGAUGCCCGACUCGUAUUCAAUAAGAUGCGGGUGAAAGACCUGGUAUCAUGGAAUGCGAUGUUGUCAAGCUACGUCAAUAGUGGCCGCAUGAAUGAAGCUAAGGAAAUCUUCCAGGAGAUGCCAGAAAAGAACCUUCUGACAUGGGCUGUGAUGAUAGCAGGGUUAGCACAGAAUGGACUUGGUGAAGAGAGUUUGAAGCUAUUCAACCUGAUGAAACUACAGGGUUUUCAACCAUGUGAUUAUGCAUUUGCUGGAGCUAUUACUUCAUGUGCUGCACUUGGAUCAUUGAAGUCUGGACGCCAGCUCCAUUCUCAACUCAUCCGGCUCGGUUUUGAGUGUAGCCUUUCUGCGGGUAAUGCACUGAUUACCAUGUAUGGAAGAUGUGGCGUUGUAGGGGAUGCGCGGAAUCUAUUCCUCACCAUGUCAGUUGUAGAUUCAGUUUCAUGGAAUGCGAUGAUUGCUGCCCUGGGCCAGCAUGGGCAUGGUGUGCAAGCUGUUGAACUUUUCGAAGAGAUGCUGAAGGAAGGUAUAUUGCCUGAUCGCAUUACCUUCCUGACAGUUCUCUCUGCUUGCAGCCACGCGGGUUUAGUCGAGGAAGGACAUCGAUAUUUUGACGCAAUGCACGAUAUUUAUGGCAUUACCCCAGGUGAGGAUCAUUAUGCCCGCAUGGUUGAUCUGCUCUGCCGGGCUGGAAAGUUCUCAGAUGCAAAUGAUAUGAUAGGAAAAAUGCCCUUUCAGCCCGGCCCACAGAUAUGGGAAGCUUUCCUUGCAGGUUGUCGGAAUCAUGGGAACAUGGAAUUGGGAAUCCAAGCUGCUGAGCGGCUCUUUGAGAUGAUCCCUCAAAACGAUGGAACCUAUAUCCUUCUGUCAAAUAUGUAUGCUGCAAAGGGGCUUUGGGAUAAUGUGUCGAGAGUUAGGAAGCUGAUGAGAGACCAAGGGGUUAAAAAGGAGCCUGCAUGUAGCUGGGUUGAAGCCGAAAACAAGUUCCACGUAUUCAUGGUCGAUGACACUGCACAUCCUGAAGUUAAUGCUGUCUACAGUUAUCUGAAGCAGCUCGUCUUGGAAAUGAGGAAGUUAGGGUACGUGCCAGACACAAGAUUCGUUUUGCAUGAUAUGGAAUCUGACCAAAAGGAGCAUGCUAUUUCUACUCACAGUGAGAAACUUGCUGUUGCCUUUGGGCUCCUGAAACUUCCACGAGGAGCCACUGUUAGAGUGUUCAAGAACCUAAGGAUAUGUGGUGAUUGCCACAAUGCUAUCAAAUAUAUUUCAAAAGUUGUGGGGAGAGAGAUUGUGGUGAGAGAUGGGAAGAGGUUUCAUCACUUCAAGGAUGGUGAAUGCUCUUGCAGAAAUUACUGGUAGUAAAUUUUUGUUCCCAGAAAGUAAGAUUCUGCACUAGGAUUAGCAGAUGUGUCUGCUGCUGUAGUGCGUGCAAUUGGGGCAUCUAAUGGCAGAUAAUUCCUUCUCCACGCCCUUUGGUUUCUUUCAGCAAUUCAUGUUUUGCGGGUAAGAAGUUAUCGGUAUCCAUUUUAGUUUCCUCGGUUAUCUAGAGCUGGCCCUCAACCCUGCAGCAUCUUCAUGUAAAAUUAUUCCACUGGCUCCAUAUUGAGAAAGCCUUUUCUUUCAGUGUAAGCUACAAAGAAUCCAUCGGAUAUUCAGGCCCUGCCCAGUAAUUUCAAGGUAUACCUCAAGGUCUUGCUCCUUAACUUCAACUACUUAAUGCUUAGUUAGAUGUGUUAACCAUAGGUCAUGCCUUUUUCUGCAUAGUAUACAUGUGCUAUGUUACUUGUACAGAGAACCACAGCUUAUAUGUCUUGAGAUUGCAAUGCCCUUACUGCAAGGUACAAAGGCUCUUGAGGCUCGCUUGAUGAGGCAUACUGUGAUGUUUAAUCAGGACUGAGAUGGCAAUUGGCAUCAGAGUCCUUCACUGGGAGCAAUGCCAAAUCCUUGCAAGUUUAAACAUCCUCCAGGUGAGGGUCUGAAUCACCUGGAGGACGGUUAGACUGUGGUUGGGGGAAGGAUACACCCGUCCAGGGUGCAUUCGUGAGAUGAUCCUCCCGCUUCUUUAUUGCGACGAAGAAAUACUGAUGAGUCAUGGACAGAUGAAGAAUACACCCAUCUGCGGAGCGUUUCGAACUGUUGCUUGGUCAUCUCUGCUUCACACCUACCAUCCGAAGCCCGUGUCUUACACUGGACGAGCGUGCUGCUUCUGCAGCUGUGUAGCUGAAACAGUCUGCGCAGGGUUGGUUGCUGCUCUUUAGAUUGGGCAAAGAAGGCCUGGAGGUUGGUGCGUAUACUCUCAAGAUAGCGAACAUUUUUUUUCAGGGUGCUUGAGGAUUGUAGAACUCCCUUGUGUUUGUCAUUUAUUCAUGCCACUCAUUUUGAAUUUCCGUACCUGCCACAUUUUUUUUUAGGGUAGAAGCCAGCCACAUUGUUGUAGCGGAUUGACCCGCAAAAUUCUUGUAAUUUCUCCUCUAUGAUAGAUCUUUGUGUUAAGAGUCUUUUGAUUAGCAUUUGUUAUCCUUUUCAAAUCACUUGUUAGUUGGUGUUCGAAAAAGUAACCAAUAACCAAUUAUCCGGUUACUAGUUAACCGAGUAACAUAAACAGUGGUAAACAAUUAUCCGAUAAUCGGAUAAACCGCAACGUUUAUAACCCAACUGGCAAACAGCGUAGGGGAACAUACAUACAGACAGACAGAACCCUUCCCUGCUGCUAAAACAGUCUCUUCCCUCUUCUUGCAAAUGCAACAACCAUAACAUCGACUCUUGGACUCAUGUACCUUAGAAAAAUGGGUGAAAAAGUAGCAGACUUUGUUUUCAAACCAAAAAAGCCAAAGAUCCAAGGCUGCUUGUCUGGAAGCAAGGACAGAGCAUUGGAACAAAGAAAAAGGCCCAAAUGCAGAACUCACUGAAUCGAAAAUAAGAUCAAGAUAAACUU